GCCUUAUUAAAUAGUUCAUUGCGACAUCAACUGGCCAUGAAAAAGAUGUGUUCUCAGGAAGUCUUUCUUUCUUGUUUAUUAUCUGCCUUCAUCAGUGGUUGUUGCGUGAGACUUUUGUUCUUGUCGUAUUUGUUUGUUGUUGAAAGUACAAUGCAAGACCAGACUACUCCAUAUCUCAUAAGUGUGGAUACUACUAGUUUAGAUCUGUUUAAACAAAUAUCUUGCAACCAAUACCAUUGCGUUAUAAAUUAAGUAUUUUGGAUUUUGACAUUUCUUUUCUUCACUCCACAGCAACUAAAGGACAGAUGGAAAAAGGCAAAGUGCUUCUUUCACUAUUAAUUGUCAGUAUUAUUGGCAUUCUAGUUUUAGUGCACAUGAACGGUGAUACAUAUUACAUACAAGCUCCUACAGCAAUAAAAGCUCCUCUGUCAAAUAAUAAAUUCAAAAUCCUGGAAGCUUCAUAUCCAAUAACACCCAUUAGAGACUCGGAGCAUUUCAUGGUGUCUGCCUUUAUCGACCACAGACUGGAUGGGGUCAUUCGAGUCAUCAGUAUAAUCAACAGAAACCGUCUUCAGCCGCUUUACUGUGUUUACUGCAAUGCUGAACAAGUCUGCAAAACUGUUCACACUGAGGUCCAGAUACACAGCGACCAUUUUGGCUUCCCGUAUGGUGCCUCCGAUGUGAUUUGUAAAGGUAAACCCAUGACUGAUGCAACUCAUGUCCUCAUAACUGUCAAGAAAGAUUCAGCUGACCUCAAAAUUGAAUAUCUGCCAAUAAAAAAUAAGGCUUUACAAGAGACUUUCAAGUUUAACUUCACCGUUUGCAUUUCUAACCUUUUUGGCGACUACAACAAUGUACUGCAGUUUGCUCAAACGAUGGAGAUGUACAAGCUUCUGGGAGUACAGCAUGUGGUCAUCUAUAACACUAGUAGUGGACCAGACAUGGAAAAGCUCUUAAAACAUUAUGAAACGGAGGGGAUACUGGAGAUCGUUCCAUGGCCUAUCGACCAGUUUCUGAACCCUUCUUCAGGCUGGAACAUCAAGCUACACAAGGGAGACAUUCAGUAUUAUGGUCAGUUAGUAACACUCAAUGAGUGCAUUUACAGGCACAUGUACCAGUCAAAGUACGUUCUCCUGAAUGACAUUGAUGAAAUCAUCAUGCCUUACAAACAUGCCACUCUACAAUCUCUAAUGGAAGACCUCCAGUCUGCUCAUCCCAGUAUAGGAGUGUUCCUCAUAGAGAACCACAUAUUCCCUAAAACACAGUUUGAGGAGAGUGGGAAGUUCAAACGAGCAGAAUGGAAUAAUAUCCCAGGUGUCAAUAUCAUGGAGCACAUCUAUAGAGAACCAAGUCGAAAAAAUAUUUACAAUCCCACAAAGAUGAUUGUCAACCCAAGGAAGGUGCAGCAAACAUCAGUACACUCCCCUUUGAAACACUUUAGAGGCAGUGUUCUUGUACCGUUUAAUGUAUGUAGGAUUGUACACGUGAGAGUCCCACUGCAGGGGAGUCUUACCAAAGAGCAACUUGUUGUAGACAAAAGAGUCUGGGACUUUGAGCAAGAACUGAUACACAACAUUGACCACACUUUGAAACUUUCUGGCUUCUUGAAGGCUUCUGUUUGAUAUCGUUGUAUAGCAUUAAUAAAAGUAUGCAAAUAUAGACAAAUAUAUUUAAAACAUUUUUUUAAACUUGAACACAUUCGUUAAAAUAAUAAUGCAUUUGAGUUGUUGCCACCGGCUCAACUGUCAAAUAAAAUGCUCUUUAAAAAAAUAAAUAAAACCAUUAACAAAUGAGAAAGCAUUGGUAUUUGUCAAAUAUCAUCAAGCCAAUAGUUUAUGCAUAAUUAAUGCAUAAGUAGGGGAGACCAGGUAUAGUUGUAAUAUGGGGAGAGUUGUACAAUACCAAUUCCACGAACCAGGGAUAAGAUAGGAGUCAUGUGACAUUGUCAGUUUCCUCAGGCUUCCUUUACAAUCUCACAUGGAGGUUUUCCAGUCUGUGUUGCUAUCUCUCCUGAAGCUACAGCAGAAAAUCUAAUUCUGAGGCAAGAAAGUAAAAAAAAAAAAAAAAGAUAAUAUUUUGUUUAGUACUUCUACCAUUGUAGAUAAUCUUGUAUGAGUUAUAUCAGGUCAAACUGUAGUUUCUCUAGUAAAGAAUGGUGUAUCAACCUGCUAAUUUCAAAGCACCAUGCUAAUACAGCUAGCUAAACAAUAGGUGACAGUGGCGGGGUAGGUUGUAACACGUGUUUUGAAAGUGUUACAACCAUCCCCUAACAUACAACUAAGAACACUUUUGUGAUUUUAAUAAUUCUACAGAAUGCCUAGACCUUGGGUGAGAAAAACAGAUCGUGGAGUCAAUGCCAGUCUUUUAAAAAGAGCCCACCUGCACUCUGAUGAGAUGCCGAGCACCUCGGGGUCCAUCGUAGGUCAGUCGUUCAGUCCUUCACUCAUUAGGCCAUUUGCAAAAGCAGGCCCAAGCAAAGAGACAGGUAGGGGUAGGAAGAAGAGGUGCUCGUAAAUCCUCACUGAUACACCAGUGAGGCUGGCAUUGGAAGAGUAGUCGAAAAGGGAAAAACAUCAGAAAACAAAUCUCGGGGAGUGAGAAAAGCAAAAACAAGAAGGUAAAAAAAACCUGCCGGGAAAAGGGUGAAGGCUGAUAACUCCUCUUCAGAAGAGGAAGAUUUGUGUGUCGUCUGCAUGAAACCAUUCAGAAAUUCAAGAUUCAAAGAAGUGUGGGUCAAGUGUGUUUUAUGUAGCUUUUGGGCCCACCAGGAAUUUAAUUUGUUUGUUCUUGUCACCAUUGUGACUGAUAAAGAAUGCGUUUAAUUUGUUCAUUCUGUGGAGUGGGGGUAAAUAUGUGUAUGUUAAUUUGCUCUCACUCACACACACACACCCAUAUGAAUGUGCACGUACAGACAUGCACACACAAACGCACACGUGCGCAUGCACAAAAACACACAAUAUGCUCAUACACUUCCCAUAUUCACACAGUGAGUAGUGGGGUAGGUUGUCUUGUAACAAAGGACCACCUUGUAUUUGUCAUCAUCUCACGAAGUCUGUGAUAUAGUUGAAGAAAUUAAAACUGUUUCCAUUUGUAGUAGAAAGUUUCAGACAUGUAGCUAAAAAAAAGGUAGUUUUGGGUGCUGAAGACAAAAGUGUUACAACCAUACCCGGUCUCCCCUAUUUUAUAAUGCAAAAAUAUGACUUGUUAUACUGUAUUGAUGUGAUAAAAAAAAAAAAACCUUGAUACUCUCAAUAUAUAUACUGUAAAAUGAAAUAAUUUUGUCAGUGACAGAAUGUUUCGGGUUUUUUUUUGUUU